GGAGUUUGGGGUGGAGUUGUUCGCAGAACGAGAGCGAUGAUGGAACUGAAUCGACAGAGUAUGCCGCCUGGGCAAGCCCCCGACGGCAGCACCGGCCCGAUGGGACCCGACCAACUGUACCACCUCGUCCUGGAGCUGUCUGUUCCGGAACAGCGCGAAGGAGCACUGUUGGAACUGAGCAAGAAGCGCGAAGAGUUCCCUGAGUUGGCGCCGAUCCUUUGGCAUUCGUUCGGGACCGUUGCAGCUUUGCUUCAAGAGAUCAUUUCGAUUUACCCGCUCUUGUCGCCGCCCCAGCUAACUGCACAUGCGUCGAACAGGGUGUGCAAUGCGCUGGCACUACUCCAGUGCGUUGCGUCGCACGCCGAGACGCGGACUCAUUUCCUGAAUGCCCACAUCCCGCUCUACUUGUACCCGUUCCUGAAUACCGUGAGCAAGAACCGACCGUUCGAGUACUUGCGACUGACGUCAUUGGGGGUCAUCGGCGCGUUGGUCAAGAUCGACGACACGGACGUUAUCAACUUCUUGCUUCAAACCGAGAUCAUUCCACUGUGCCUGCGCAUCAUGGAAGCGGGCAGCGAGCUGUCCAAGACGGUCGCAACGUUCAUUGUGCAAAAGAUUCUCCUCGACGAAAUGGGCUUGACGUACAUUUGCCACACCCCCGAGCGCUUUUACGCGGUCGGUUCCGUGUUGUCCAAGAUGGUCACGAUGCUGGUCGAAGCCCCGUCAACAAGAUUGCUCAAGCACAUCAUCCGAUGCUACCUCCGACUCUCGGACAACGCGCGUGCCAAGGACGCGUUGCGCCAGUGCCUUCCCGAAGUCUUGCAAAACCAAACUUUUGACGAUGUGCUCAAGGAAGACCUGACGACUAGUCGAUGGCUGUCCCAGCUGCUCUACAACCUCCACGACACGAGCAACACGAGUGGCAGCAUCGGCAUGAACCUGACCGGUCCAUCGUCGGCGAGGUCGGAAGGCAGAUAGACCGAAGAAAGCACAACACGUACGAUUGUCCAUCCACACGAUAGUCUGUCAGCUCGCGACGGGCGAGGCAGCUCUGCCGCGGUGCCGCAUGCAUAACUCGUUCCAACUGGCCUUUCUACCUACAGACCGCUGUGCUCGUUGAGACAUCCGCACGUUUGCUUCGACAACAUGCAGUGUGUUGGAUCUGCA